AUGUCGAGUCAAGCGCAGGAUAACAACAUGAUUAGUUUUCAGCCCUCCAAGAUCUGGCAACUCAUUGACUCCGAUAUCAUGGACGCUGUGGCACCGCAGCCGACAACCGAUGGUACACAGGGCGGUCAAUCUGAUGCUUCGAAGACAACUGUUAGUGUUCAAACGACUUUUGUUCACCCUGUUGGUGAAAGACGAACAGGUCAACAACAGACUUCAUUGGGCGAUUCGAUGACUGCUGAUAUUUACGAAGGCUUGGAGCAGUAUUCACUUGAUACCUAUGUUUAUUGA